CUUCCUACUCAUUAAAUCUUUCCUCAUUAGUGUUACUUUUACUUUCUAGAAACGUAUAUUCAGUAUUGUAAGCUUGGAGUUCUUUUGUUUUCUCCCUGAAGAGGUAAAGCCCUGGGGGAUUUAAGUAUCUACUUGAUAGGCUCGCACAAUCUUAAUCAGCCUAUAAUGGAGCUAAUGGCUGUUUGUCAUCCUUGGAGAUAUAAAUUUCCUGGUGAUGUCUACUGCAGUCAGUGCAUGAAGUAUGCUCUGACUGCCAGCAAGGUCUAAUAACCAGGAGAAGGGCAGCCAGCUUCAUUAGCGAGAGCGAGACUGAGACUGUACCGACUGCUUUUCUGGGGAGCUCUGCUUUUUUGAGUACCAAGGGGAAAAUGGAUAAUGCUGUUGAUAGUUUGGAUAAGGCUUCAAUCGCUAACUCGGACGGACCAGCUCCAGGAUCCCAAACUCCUCCCUUCAAGAGGAAAGGCAAACUCUCCACUAUCGGCAAAAUCUUUAAACCUUGGAAAUGGCGGAAGAAGAAGACUAGUGACAAAUUCAGAGAAACAUCCGCAGUGUUGGAAAGGAAGAUUUCGACAAGACAAAGCAGAGAGGAGCUGAUAAGAAGGGGAGUGCUGAAGGAAAUGCCCGAGCAAGAUGGUGAUGUAACAGUAAAUUUUGAAACUUCAAAUGGACACACCAUAGCCAUCGGUGAAGAAACCAUACAGGAAGAAAAUGUGGUAAAGGCCAGUGGAGAUGAUGGUACUUUAUCAGAUAAAGCAUCAGCAUUGGAAGGAAAAAAAGAAGACCAACAAGAGAGCACUACUGAUCACUGCCCAGAAAUACCGGCAUCCCAUGCUCCACCACUACCCAAGCCUAAACCUAAAUCUAAAAAAGCUCCGCCGCCACCAAAAAAUGCUAUUGCUGCUUCCACCACCACCAGCCAUAAGAGUAACGAAGCACCUCACGCUAAAAAAAAGGGAAAGGCUCCUGCUAAGCAGCCUCCUCUCCCACCACCCAAGCCAACAAGUCAUGGUGCAAAUCGAGAAGCUGCUAGUUCCUCUCACGUGAAAAAAACACCAGUCUCCAAGUCCUCUUCAUCACCAUCUCCUUCGUCCACAUCAUCUCAUCCCAAAGCCUCCAAGGAGACUUCCAGCAAAUCAGGCACAUCAGGGACUCCCAGGGGCAAGAAAAAAACUGGGAAGCAGUCAACCCCACGAACAGCGCUGGAUGGGGCUGCUUCUUCCCCCUCAGGUGCCACAGCUAACAGGUUGGAAUUGGAGAUAGAAAAACCUGAGCCUGAGCAACCUUCCAUAGUAAUUUCCAAAACAGAAGACACAGAUGAAAAAAAACUUGUUGUCCCCCCUCCUCCCACCGCUGCCCCUCCUCCACCUCCACUUCCACCUCCUUUUCCUGCUGCAGCUGAUCAGCCCACUGUCUCCUCAAAUGCCCAAGAUGUGUCAGAUGGCUGCGUGGCAGGGCCAGCUGUCCCCGAAUCAGAACCUCUUCCCCAGACUGAGCAUGGCACAGACGAGAGCCUGAGCAGUACAGUCAUAGGCAGUGGUCCAGAAGCUACUGAAGAAGACGCAAAAAGCAUGGCUACCAAAGAAGAAAAAGCAGCAGAGGCACCUGACCAGGCUCUUUCUGAACCAGCGGAGGAGGCUUCUGACACCGCUGGUCCUCCUGAGAGUGAAAGUAGCAGAGAGAGCCACAGCAGCGACUCAGACUCUGAUGGGCCAAUACUGUAUACAGAUGAUGACGACGACGACGAUGAUGAUGAUAAUGCAAGUGCUGAAAGCUCUUUGGCAAGUAAGAUUCGCCGUAGAGAUACUCUUGCUAUCAAACUUGGCAACAGACCAUCUAAGAAAGAAUUAGAAGACAAAAACAUCUUGCAGCGUACAUCUGAAGAGGAGAGGCAGGAAAUCAGACAUCAGAUUGGAACGAAGCUAGUGAGGAGACUUAGCCAGAGGCCUACAACUGAAGAGCUAGAGCAAAGAAAUAUCCUGAAGCAGAAGAAUGAAGAAGAGGAACAGGAAGCCAAAAGAGAAAUAAAACGUAGACUCAGUAGAAAGCUCAGCCUGAGGCCUACAGUUGCUGAACUUCAAGCGAGAAGAAUCCUUCGAUUUAAUGAGUACGUGGAGGUCACAGAUUCUCCAGAUUACGACCGUCGUGCGGACAAGCCUUGGGCCAGGUUAACUCCCGCAGACAAGGCAGCAAUACGGAAAGAACUGAAUGAAUUUAAAAGCACAGAAAUGGAAGUACAUGAGGAAAGUCGGCAGUUUACCAGGUUUCAUCGUCCGUAACUGUUUGGCCACAUCCCAUAUUUCAUGUAACAAUUUUCUUUGGGGAAAUCAUUGCGUCCUGAAGACCUAAGAUUGCACUGGAACUAAACUGAGUAUGACUGUGUGCUACGGCUUACCCUGAGGUUAAUGAAGGAUGUGGCUCUCGCCUUUGUCAGUGGACAAAUGAUUCGUCUGGGAUGAGAACCCACGUGAAGUGUUUGUCACUGUGAAGACAGACCACGGUUCUGUGGCUAGCGCACAUGAACGAGUUGGUGGACUUCAUUGGAGCUCCACAAGUCAGGAAAUGCUGAAGACAAUCGCUUGAGAGCCUGUUACCAGGAACUUCAGACUUCAUGGGGUUGUGACGGAGGGUAACUGAGGGGGGUGUGGUGUGUGAAAAGGACUGAGAGCGUGGGGGAAGAGAGACUUCGCUUGUCGGUCCACAAAGUGGAACGUAUGGGACUGCUUCAUGAUGCACUUGGCCAGUGGGAGGAAUUACUUUAAAAAAAAAAAAAAAGUGCGUGAGAGCAACUGUGCAUGCCUUUUUUUUUUAGUGGUCACAGCUUGUCUUAGAAAGACAGUAAGCCGCAAGUCCUCAUGUCAUCAGUACUUUAGUGAAGAACUGUGAUUUUCUCUGGUGCCAGUAAGUACAGUUGCCAGAAAUUAGUCCUAGUAUAACUUGGCUGUCUUUUUUAAAAUCCCAGUGAGCAUGCUUCAAGAAAAUACAUUGAACAUUCGUACAGAACAAAUAAUAUAUUUUUUUGGUUUUAAUGUUGACAUACUGUGGAUCCUUAGAAAUGCAUAAAGAGGAUUUGAAGGACAAAUAACGUGACACUAUGAAUGCAAUGAAAUGCUUCAUGUUUAGAAACACUCCUUGCUGUCACUUGCCAUUCAAACCAGAGGGAUCAUUAUCAUUCCCACCUAUGGCAGGAAGCUGUGAUAACUUCAACAUCACUCUAGUGUGAAUCCAAAAUCAGAACUGAAAUUAGGCACAAAAGUCUUUACUGGUAGGCUUAAACAGUGAUUACUAAUGUGACUUUUUUAUGUUUAAGGACUCUUGCACUGCUUUGAGGAAGAACUCCCAGAUGAAUCAGUAUGUCUUCAGCCAGUGGUCCUGUAAAAGUGAAUGGACAAUCCUUAGAGUGUCUGCAGCCUGUGUUUGUUGAGUGUGAAGAAUGUUUCUUAGAUUCAUAAUUUUUUAUACAAUCUUGAAAUUGUUCAUGUGAAUACAGUACUAUUAAGAUUAAGUGGUAUGGAGUGUGAAAGACAAUACAUGGUUUUUCUAAGUUGGCCCAAAGGGCUAUUAAAAAGCCUGUGGCAUUGUUUACACUAAGAAAUUCCCUGUAUUAUAUUAGUACUUAUUUAUCCUUUGAAUUAAUCUACAGGCCACUUGGGAGGGGAAGUGUCUGGAAUUCACAUAUGCAUACAUUUAAUGCAGUAUUACAAUAUAUUUGCUAUUUAUCCUUUCUAAUGUUUGUACAUAUUACAAUUUCUUUUUGUCUUUUAUGUGCCCUGUUUAGUUUUUAAUUAUGAAGUGUAUUUCUUUUUCAGACAAUAAAAGGUCUGUGUAGAUGUGAUUUUUACCUCAGAACCUGCAGUAGAUUCUCAUGGAAUGUUUUUAGUUUAGAAAAUUGAAGGUUGUUGUUUUAGAUGUCAGCUGAAAGGCAGGAAGGCAGUUUGGUGGCUAAAAUUAGAUGUUCCUUUUUGCUAAUAUUUAAAACAAGACCAGGUUUGCAUAAAAGGGGUGGAUUAUUUUAGUAAAGAGCACUUCUAGUAACAGGAGAUUGCUUUCCAACAGCUGGAAUUCUAUUAAAGAGAUUGACAAACCUAAAAAAGAUAGAUUUAUAAGACUCUUAGGAUCUCUUACAUUUUAGUAAAAAUCUAAUAAUGUACAAACCCCAAAAUAUCAAUAACCAAAUAAAAUAAGUAUCUACAUGCUUGUAGCAAAAAGAAAGAGCACCUUCCUUUUUUAAUGGAAUCAAUAGGAGCCAUUAGGAUUGCAUUUGCAGAAAACAGUUCAGCUUCUGUGAGGCCCAUCAUUUUAUAAAUAUAGAAACACCACUUUGACAUCAAGGAAGCAGUGAAAAUGUAUUCUUUGGCACUACACCAUGCAAGAAUGAUCAGAGCACUAGAGUUAAGGUUUGUCAGCAAUUAUGGUAGAAUCCUAACUUUUAUUUUUAGAAUUUGAAGAGUAAACUUUAAACUUACACUAGCACUUAAUAAAUAGUUCUCCUACUUGUUGUUGUUGUUGCCAAAUCUAGAAAUGUGUGUCCAAAUGUAUAAAGGUCUACUGUGUUGAUUUUGAAGCGUAAAACACAGUAUUUCACUUCAAAGAAAACAAGUGGAGCAAUUAAAUAGACCUCACAGUUGCUUUAAUCACUUUGAAACGUUUGAAAGCAGCCAGGAUUCUCAAGGCAGAAGGGUAGCUGUUGCACAGGCAGAAGAACUUGGGCAAGUGUAAGGUCAGACUAUGAACUUUAUAUAUAAAGACAGUGGCUCCACUGACAUGUCGGGGUAUGUACAGGUUACACAAGCAAACUAAAACUUUUAUAAACUCUUAGGAUGAAGUGCAUGAAUUGACUUUUGCAAGAAGACUUUCUUCUAUACUAGGCUUGGAGCAUGAAUGGAAAGACGUGCCACAUUCUUGGUUUAGAAGAAAAACAUCACAAAGAUGUGGAUAAAACAACUGGCUCAGACUUCCUCAAGCUGCAUUUUGCCAUAAGACAUGAGGAUAUGUAGGUGAAGUAUCGCUUAGGCUUUCCUUAUCCUCUUUUGAAGUAUUCACUAUAAGCCAUUGCUAGAGGCAAAAGACUAGCCGGGAUAGAGAUGCUGAGCUAAUCUUCAAUUCCUGUAAUUUCUUAUUAUUUUGAUGACAAAUAAUGAGAUUCUUUGGCCCACAAUUCACCAAACUACUUAUGCAAAUCUAUGUAACUGGACAAAAAGAGUCGCCUUUAUUGGAACUUAGGUAAAAAUGUAGUGUACUUUCAGAAUUAGAACUGUAGACUGACUAUUGUGUACUGUACGCACCUACAGACUCAGAAUUGUAUAUACUAUUUUUAUAUCCUAAAUAUCAACUGCCAGAAAAAUGACAGCUAUAAGGUGUUACCCAUGCAAUAAAAAACAACAAGAUUUUGAUAUAUCACUAUGUAGAGUGAAGCAAGUUUGCUUUACCUUAUUUAUUUGCCUGAAGUCAGUUUCUGCUGUAUCUCCUCAUUCUCUGCACUGAUGAUUUCAAAUGUCUUCAAGUUGCUACGACAGCCCGUUGGAAAUAAUACAUCAUGUACCUGCCUAUGGUGCUGCAUGCCUGUUAGAAGGGAAAAAUCAGGGUAAGUCCUGAAAAACUCCUGAGUGAAUAAUCCUUGAAGAAGGAAAAGCAAAAAGAUAUUAAAAAGGCAAAGAAAAAAAUAACAUUUUCCAUGCAACACAUAGUACAAUCUAGCUGGCUAAAAUGGGUCAAUGUGUCAAUUUAUUAAGUUGGACAAAUCAUUUGAAUGUCAUCCACAAUAUGUGACAAACCUUACACACAUACCUAUGUUCCACAGGGUCAAAUAUGAACUCGGAUGUCUUAUGUCCACACAAAGAGAAAACUAGCUGCUUGAAGUAGUCAUUACCUCACUUGUCACAUUUAUCUGUAGGAUCAAGCAUCACAGCAUGUGGCAGUAGGCGCAGAAGAAUGUUAGCUUAAUCAAAUCCUAAGUUCUUCACAUGACAAAUUGAACUGCUUCUGGAAUGUCUCUCAUUUCUCUUUUCUUUCUGGUAAUAUAUAUUUGUUCUUGUAAGUGAAAUUAUUAGUUUCAAAUGAAAAAUAGUCUAUUUGAAUUUCCUUGAAUUGUGAUACAUGUGUUGAUUCAAAAAUUACCAUAAAGAAAAUAUUUCAGCUGAAUGCUAGCCAUUAGUUAAGCUAAAUACCAUUCCAACUGAUGACUUAAACAAGGCAGGACAACGAGGAGUGUAUCUUUAAAAUCACUGGAAGUAUUUACAGAUAUUUAUAGGUCUACAAGACUAUUUAUUUAUUUGGUUUAGCAUUUACCUACAGCUGUGAGUUUCCCUUGCAGUGGUGGACUUUACCAACCUCUGAUGUGGUGUGGGGCUGGGCAGCCCCACCUUCUGCUUUGGCCACACUGAGCAGCUCUCAGAAAGGCACCACAGUCUCAGUGUUGGCAUGUAAGAAAGAUAUCAGAUGACCACUUUUUUUUCCUUGAGAACCAAAUGAAAGCUGUGAAACAAAGG